AUGACUGACGAGUCGAAAAGAUGCCGUACUAAGAAGGCGAAAACGCGGAGCGUGUCUAGCUGGCUGUUCUAUCUGCAAGAGACGCAAAAGAAGGUGAAAUGUGAUGAACAGCUGCCAGGAUGCAAGAGAUGCGCGAAAAUUGGUGUCGAAUGUCCCAGCUAUCAUAAGCCUGUGAAAUGGUCGGUCAAGUACGAGAGGUACAUGGUUGAUUCGUCACCGACUGCGGAUAACUCCUUUUCUUGGUUCGACUCAGGUGCCAGAAAUCUAUCAAACUUGAUACAGCCGAAAUCAGACUCUGAAAGCGUCGAGACUCAGAACGACAAUGACUCUGAAGUACAAGCACCUGGCCCUUCCACGCAAGGUUCUAGUUCAAGUUUAUCUGAUGCCAGGGAAUACUUAGAGGACAUGUUAGAAAUGCAUCCACCCUCAACGUUAAAUUCAGAACAACCCUCGGCAUUGUGCGACGAUGUCCAAGCCGAUGAGGAAUUUUCUCUUGCGCCCGAUGCGUUACAUGAUGACUCUCUUUGCCUGACUUCCUACACACCAACUCUACAAACAUCACUCAUCCUGGACCACUACUUCACAACAGUUUGCCAUUUCAACUCAUCCUUCGACUCGGCGAAUAACCCAUUCCGGUCAGAAGUUGCCAGAAUGAUGGCCGACUCACCCCUACUCUUUGGUUGCGUGUUGAGCAUGUCAGCAGCUCAUUUGUACCAGGGCGACAAAAACAGCAGCUAUAUCCCACUGGAGUUCCAGACUGAGGCAAUGUCACAUCUUUCACAGACAUUGUCUAAGCUUCCUGUGAGCAAGGAAUGCGAGGUGGAUGACAACCGGCCUACGGCCUUGGUAUCUCGGGAGAAAAUUCUGAAUGUUUCGGAUGACUUGCUCUUGAGCAUUAUAUUCUUGGGAAUGACUGCGGUAGGUAUGUCAUGGAUAACAUUAAACAAACUGACGGACAUCGACAAAAGAAGAAACAUGACGAGAACACAAAUAUUUGUGGUCUCAUCCAUGGUAUAUUGGGAAGCUAUGAGCUCAGCUCUCUUCGACCAGCAAUAUGAAGGCUUAUCACAUCUCACCAUCUUUUGUGAUCCCCAUCCCCCGGCACUCAUCCAGCCUUGUCCAUGGACUGGCGUUGCAACCCCCAUUUUUGUGUUUCUUGCAAAGACACUAACACUGGUGCGGAAUAACCAGGCUCUGAAGAGCUUGCGGGUUUUCGAAACCGGGGAGAUCCAUCGGAGGGCCCUGUACGCUGAGUUGCUCGCCAAAGCGACUAGUCUUGAACGUGAGAUCGUGGGGUAUCGGCUGCCCUAUCUUGGUCUUAUUGAUGACAUUGGAGAUCCAUGCACAACGCCUGAUCACUUGCUGGCUAUAUCCCGCUGUUAUCGUCUGGCUGCCCUACUAGAGCUCUACUCUGCAUUCCCGGAGACAACAAGGAGAGAGGAGAGACCAGACGGUGCUAUUGAUUUGCACCAUGGUGAUGAUAAGACACAUCUAGUCAUGGGACUGGCAUUCAGUAUAUUGGAAAUCUUGGAAAAGAUUCCAGACGACUCAGGGACAAUAUCGAUACAGCUUCUGUCACUACUGAUCGCUGGAAGUGUCCUGGGGCCCGUCUCACCAAGGGGAGAAGAUGAAGGACCAAAGAGAUUGGAAACACUUCGUUUGCGGGCUUUUGUUCGACAGCGGAUUCACAAGAUGUAUGCGGCUGUUCGUUUGGGGCCAAUUGGAAACGUCAUGCUUAUACUGGAGGAGGUAUGGUCGCGUAUGGACAUGUUGCCGGCGGUUCAGAACGGGAACCCAGUGAUAUCGAGCUUUCACUGGAUAGAUAUCAUGUCAGAAAAAAGAUUGGAAACAAUAUUUGGAUGA